GCAAAUACUGCCCGCGUCAACUACAUCUCUGGCCGCCACACCUCUCACUUGCUUCCGGGCUCAUUAUCUCUGCCAUCUUUCCUACGCCUCUCUUGUCUGCCAGAGACCUCGAGUUCCGCACUGAGUCCUCUCCACCGGCCGCUUCGCCAGCAAUGGCGACCAGACUACUGAGGCCGCAGCUGCUGCGGUCUUCGAAGGCCGCUUUCGAGUGCGCUUUUUGUGCACAACGCCGCACAACGCAGUUCUCAAGAUUACGAUAUACCAGCAGAUUACGGCAACCGAUCUCCAGAUCCUAUGCCACCGUGAACCCUGGAGAUCCGAAGCCGCCGCAGGAGGACCCAGAAAAGAAGGGCAAAGAUGAAAAGGAUACUUCCAAGUCCGAGAAAGACUCCAACCAGUCACAAAAUGAAGAGUCGAAAUCAAAAGAAACGGGUCAGCAAGAGUUCACCCAAUUGAGUGAGGAGGAAGUCAAGCAAAUCCAAGACCUCGCACAAAUGAUGAAAAUGGGUCUACCGAAAUCUCAAGCUGCGGCCAUUGACGAGGCUGUCGAGCUUAUGAAAAAGGGUGGAGUACCAAAGGAGCUUCGAGAAGUAUUAGAAGCGCGAAGGAAGGAUCCCAAACAUCACAUCUCCCUGGCGACUACAGUCCGACUUGUGUCGGUCUUUACCAAACUAUCCCGCAUGAGCCCCGAAGAGGUGCGCGAGAAAUAUGGACCAAAGGCGCAGUCCGCAAAUACCGAGUCCCCCGAGGAAACCCCUUUGUUCGAGCAGUCUAACAAGAACCAGGACGGCAAGCAAAAGGGCAAGCAACAAGGAGGACAACAGAAGGGGAAGAUGUAUGAGCUUAGACUCGAUGCUGGUACAACUGUUAUGGCAGCCUUCCUCAGCUACUACAUCUACCGCAGUCUAUAUCCUGGUGAAAAUUCGAGGGACAUUACAUGGCAGGAAUUCCGCACGACAUUCUUUGACAAGGGCCUUGUUGAUAAAUUGACGGUCAUCAAUCGGAACCGUGUCAGAGUUGAACUACACCGUUCAGCGGUGGCCAACAUUUACCCUGAUUCGCCCGCCACCAGGCCCAAUUUCUACUAUUACUUCAAUAUCGGAUCCGUCGAAGCAUUCGAGAGAAAACUCGACGAAGCACAUCAGGAGCUUGGUAUUCCGAGCAGCGAGAGAAUUCCGGUCGCAUAUUCUGACGAAGUGCCACUGAGCGCCGCCCUCUUUUCUUUUGGACCUACCAUACUAUUUAUCGGAGCUUUGUUCUGGCUCUCCAGAAGAGCGGCGUCAGGAGGUGGUGGUCAAAGUGGCAUCUUCGGUAUCGGCAAAUCUAGAGCGAAACGGUUCAACCACGAGACGGAUGUCAAGACCAAGUUCGCCGAUGUUGCCGGCAUGGAUGAAGCGAAGUUGGAAAUCAUGGAAUUCGUUUCCUUCUUAAAAGAUCCGUCCAAGUACCAGAAACUAGGCGCCAAAAUUCCUCGAGGCGCAAUCUUGUCUGGUCCUCCAGGUACUGGUAAAACACUUCUGGCCAAGGCAACAGCUGGCGAGUCUGGUGUCCCUUUCUACUCGGUGUCCGGCUCUGAAUUCGUGGAAAUGUUUGUCGGUGUUGGUCCGUCGAGAGUACGGGAUCUGUUUGCGAAUGCGAGAAAAAAUGCACCCUGUAUCAUCUUCAUCGAUGAAAUCGACGCCAUCGGCAAAUCGAGAGCGAAACAAAACUUUGGUGGUGGCAACGAUGAGCGAGAGUCAACCCUCAAUCAGAUCUUGACGGAAAUGGACGGUUUCAACACUUCAGAACAAGUCGUUGUCCUGGCCGGUACCAACAGACCUGAUGUUUUGGACAAGGCACUAAUGCGUCCUGGCCGUUUUGACAGACAUAUCUCCAUUGACCGACCUACCAUGGACGGACGCAAGCAGAUCUUCCUGGUACAUCUCAAGAAGAUCGUGACAAAAGUCGACAUGGAGUAUUUGACCGGCCGUUUGUCUGCUCUGACACCUGGUUUCUCUGGUGCCGACAUUGCCAACUGUGUCAAUGAGGCCGCGUUGAUCGCUGCUCGCGCAAAUGCGCCUUCGGUUGAAAUGGAACACUUCGAACAAGCCAUUGAACGUGUCAUUGGCGGUCUUGAGAAAAAAUCGCUCGUGCUCUCACCAGAGGAGAAGAAGACAGUUGCUUACCACGAAGCCGGCCACGCCAUUUGUGGCUGGUUUUUCAAGUACGCCGAUCCUUUGCUCAAAGUUUCGAUCAUCCCGCGUGGACAAGGUGCAUUGGGAUAUGCACAAUACCUGCCUGCCGGUGGUAAUGAUGUAUACUUGAUGAGCGUCAAGCAACUCAUGGACCGCAUGGCUAUGACUCUCGGUGGCCGAGUCAGCGAGGAGAUCUGGUUCGAUACCGUCACCAGUGGUGCGUCCGACGAUUUCAAUAAAGUCACGCGUAUGGCUACUGCCAUGGUUACAGAGUGGGGAAUGUCCUCCAAGAUCGGAUAUAUACACUACAAAGACGACGAGCAGAGAUUGCACAAGCCUUUCUCGGAAGAGACGGCACGCCAAAUCGACCUGGAAGUCCGACGCAUUGUUGAUGACGCGUACAAGCAAUGCAAGGAUCUGCUGCUGGAAAAGAAGGAUCAGCUGAAAGCCGUUGCUGAGGAAUUGUUGAAGAAGGAGAUGCUCGUGCGAGAUGACCUGGUCAGAAUAUUGGGCGCCAGACCAUUUGAGGAUCCAGGCGAUUUCCACAAGUACUUUAACAAUUCGCAGGGAAAGAGUGCGCCGCCCCCACCCCCGACUGAGCAAGAAGGACCUUCUGCGGACGAGCCUCUACCUGGAUCUCCGGCGCCUGCGUUCAAGCGUAUUGACGGGCCUGAUUCGCGCAUGUUCUAAGCACAGCGCCACACUUCCGGACGACUUUGGUUGAUGCGCCGCGGUGAUUGCCCUUUUGGAGAGACGUUUCUGUGCACCAUCGCUAGCUUUUAAGUCUCCGAAUGGCAGCGGCGCCAUUGAAUAUGAUGGAUCCUGCAACUUCUUUUCCAUCUCCCAUCGAGCCACGCGUGCUCUGCUUUCCUCUGAAGAAUGGCUCCGUCCAAAUACUGACCAAUCUCCAUGAGCCAUCAUCAGCCUUGCCUCCUGGGCCGGGGUGAUGUUAUGGGAGGCUAGCUGGAAUGCCUCUUCUGUGUAUAUAUUUACCUCUUGUACCUGACUACUGUUUGCUUGCAUAUUGAGGCAAGCGGGUAGCACUAUUUGCAUGAAUGCAUUAUGGCGGCGCAUUGAGUAAAUAGACUCGCAAGGCGCGGUGGCAAAAUAUGAGAGAAUCGCUACUUUUCUUUUAAAA